AGGCUGGCUAGCGGGAGAGCACUGUAGAGUCAGUCGAACACCAGCCAGCAUCACGGCCGGGGUAAUGGAGCUGAACCGCCUGAUGGUGCACGUGCUGCCCUUGGUGGCCGCACUCUUGUUGGUGGAGCGGCACGUGACGGGAGAGGAGUCGGCGGCGGCCCCGGUGCCCAGCGGAGGCCCAAAUGUUUGUAAUCGAGGAACCAAGGCUACUUGCUGCCCAGGUUGGACUCGAAGAAGCGGAUACAAUGGACUGUGCAUUGUUCCGAUAUGCCGCAGUUCAUGUGGAGAUGGCCGCUGCAUUCGACCGAAUCUAUGCUUUUGCACUAAUAGACAAGUGAGGCCGUCUUGCGAUGGUCCUGGUCUUCCUGGAGGAGGAGGAUUAGUACCUGGUAAAGAUCCUGGUGGCAUUGGACCUGGGGGUAUUGGACCCGGAGGCAUUGGACCUGGAGGUAUAGGACCUGGUGGCAUAGGACCUGGGAAUGUCGUCGGCCCUGGGCAACCUCAGCAACCUACAAGUCUUUGCCAAGAACCUUGUCUCAAUGGUGGUCGCUGCAUUGGACCUGAUCGAUGUGCCUGUGUUUAUGGUUUUACUGGCAGAAGAUGUGAAAGAGAUUAUCGUACUGGGCCUUGUUUUCGAAAAGUGCAGAACCAAUUUUGUGCUGGCCAGCUGACUGGUGUUGUGUGUACUAGGCAAUUAUGCUGUGCUACUGUUGGUGUUGCCUGGGGUCAUCCUUGUGAACAAUGCCCUGCUAAACUUGAUUGUGAAAGAGGCUUUAUUACAAAUAUACAAUCCAGAAGUUGCCAAGAUGUUGAUGAAUGUGAAGCUAUACCAGGAAUUUGUGAAAAUGGAAAAUGUAUUAAUUCUAUUGGUUCGUUUCGAUGUGAAUGUGAUGCAGGAUAUUUGUAUAAUGAAGAAGUUGGUUCAUGUGAAGAUGUUAAUGAAUGUGAAAAGCAUUCUGACUUAUGUACACAUGGCAGAUGUAUCAAUACAGAAGGUAGUUUCAAUUGUCUUUGUGAUUAUGGCUAUGUUCCUGCUCAAAAUCAGCAAGCAUGUCUUGAUACCCGUCAAGAAAACUGUUACAUAGAUCUAAUUAAUGGCCAGUGCAAAAAUCCUUUAUCUGUUCGUUUGUCAAAGGUUGAAUGCUGCUGUGGUGAAAAUAUGGGCAAAGGAUGGGGAGCACAACCUUGCCAAGCUUGUCCUCUACCAGGAUCUAAACUGUACAGUCAGCUAUGUACUGCUGGUGUUUUACUUGACAUCAACGAAUGUGAUUUGCGACGAGAUCUUUGUGAAAAUGGGAAAUGUAUCAACACACCAUCUUCAUACCGUUGUGAAUGUGACAAAGGAUUCAGAUCUACAAAUAAUGAUAAAAAAUGUCUUGAUAUUGACGAAUGCCAAAAUGCUACCUUGUGUCAAGGUGGAAGAUGUAUAAAUUCUGUGGGAAGUUUUACUUGUAUUUGUCCAACUGGCUAUGAUUUGACAUCGGAUGGGACAAAAUGCACAGAUCAAGAUGAAUGUUCCAUAACAGGCAUGUGUGCAAAUGGCAUCUGUGUGAAUGGAGCUGGUUCUUUCACCUGCAGGUGCAAACCUGGUUUUACUCUUUCUCCAACUAGACAAUCUUGCAUUGAUAUUGAUGAAUGUAAAGAAAAUGGGCGUAUUUGCUUAAAAGGAAGAUGUGUGAAUAUACCUGGGUCAUACAAGUGUGAAUGCCAAAAUGGUUUUGUUUUGUCACCUGAUGGAGACUACUGUUUAGAUAGAAAUGAAUGUGAAGAAAAGGGAAUGUGCCUACAUGGAACAUGUGUUAAUGGGGAUGGAAGUUUUAAAUGUAUAUGCGAUCCUGGAUAUAAAUUAUCACCUGAUGGACAUUUUUGCAUUGAUAUCAAUGAAUGCUUAGAAACACCUGAUGCAUGUGUUAAUGGAAAAUGUGAUAAUACAGAUGGAAGCUUCCGGUGCACUUGUGCAGAUGGAUUAACAAUGAGUCCUAAUGGAAGAGUUUGUCAAGAUACUCGAAGAGAUUACUGUUUCUCAACUUACAGAAAUGGCGAGUGUAGUAAUCCAUCUUCUAUGAGUGUGACAAAAUCAGCUUGUUGUUGCGCUAAUAGAGGAUCCAUGACACCUGCUUGGGGCAUACAAUGUGUUCCUUGUCCUGCUUUAGGAUCAAAAGAAUUUCUAGAUCUUUGUCCUAAAGGGCCAGGUUCAGGUCAAGUUGAUGACAUUAAUGAGUGUAUAGUUUUCCCCAACAUCUGUCCAAAUGGAGCUUGUGAAAAUCUAAAGGGAAGUUAUAGAUGCAUAUGCAAUCGUGGUUAUCAAGUAGAUGCAACUGGAAAAGUUUGUUCAGAUAUAAAUGAAUGUGCUGUCAACCUCUUACUUUGUGACAAUGGGCAGUGUAGAAAUACACCUGGCAGCUUUCAAUGUACUUGUCCAACUGGAUAUAGACAUAAUGUUCUGACCAAUACAUGUGAUGAUAUUGAUGAAUGUAAAGAAAAAGGUGCAGAAAUAUGCAUUGGUGGAACAUGCUACAAUACUCUUGGGAGCUAUCGAUGUGAAUGUGAAACGGGCUCUGCCUUGGAUGCAUCAAGGAAUAUAUGUAUUGACAACCGAAGAGGUUCUUGUUGGAUGACCAUCAACCCUAAUGGACAGUGUGAAAAUGAUAUAAAAACUCCAAUGUUGAAAUCUGAAUGUUGUGGUUCCAUUGGAAAAGCAUGGGGUAGUCCUUGCCAACGUUGUUCAGUAUUAGAGAACCGAUGUCCGAAAGGCUAUGCCAUGUUAGAUGGUUCAACAUGCACAGAUAUUAAUGAAUGUGAGGUUUUUCCAAAUAUAUGCCAAGGUGGUGGUUUGUGUGUCAACACCGAUGGUUCAUAUCAAUGUAACUGCCCACCUGGUUUAACUUUAGAUCAUACUGGGACAAACUGUUAUGAUUUGAGAGAAGAAGUGUGCUAUUUGCAAUAUGAUAAAGGCCGCUGCUUAAGACCUUUCGAUGGGCUGUACAAAAAGAUGCUUUGUUGCUGUUCACUUGGUGCUGCAUGGGGGCAUGUAUGUGAACCAUGUCCUCGUCCUGGAACAGAGGCUUUCAAUGAGCUCUGUGUUAAAGGAUUUGGAUACUAUUAUGAUAAACCUGGAUCUCUGAUAGAUAUUAAUGAGUGUGUACAGUUUCCUACUAUCUGCCAGAAUGGAAAAUGUAGAAAUACUGCUGGUAGUUUCAGUUGCCAAUGCAAUCAAGGCUUUGCAACAGAUUCUGAUGGAUUAAAUUGUACAGACAUAAAUGAAUGUUCAGUGGCACUUGGUGUUUGUGCAAAUGGUAUAUGCAGAAAUACUCCAGGAUCUUUCCGUUGUGACUGUGAUGAAGGCUAUGAGGAUGUGCAAAUGAUGCAAACAUGUGAUGAUAUUGACGAAUGUAGCAGAAUAAGAGGGCUUUGCAGAGGUGGUUUGUGCCGCAAUACUCCUGGUUCUUUUAGAUGUGAUUGUCCUCCAGGCCAUGAAUUAACACCUGAUGGAAGAGCUUGUAAAGAUGUUGAUGAAUGUAGUAGAACCAGUGGUAUUUGUUCUCAUGGAGUUUGUGAAAAUAUGAUGGGAUCUUAUCAGUGUACUUGUAAUGAUGGAUACAAACAAACUUAUCAACAUACCAGCUGUGAAGAUAUUGAUGAGUGUGCUUCAAAUAAUGGAGGUUGUCAGUCUAAAUGCAUCAAUGUCCCAGGGAGUUACAGAUGCGAUUGUGAGGAUGGAUAUAAAUUAAUGCCUGAUGGAGCAACAUGUGAAGAUAUUGAUGAGUGUAAAGAUAUUCCCAAUAUUUGCAGUGGUGGAAAGUGUACCAAUUAUGCUGGAACACACACUUGCCACUGCACUGGUGGAUUGGUGCCAUCUACUGAUGGAAAAUCAUGCAAUGAUAUUGAUGAAUGUGCUCUGAACUCAAAUGUUUGCCUAAAUGGACGCUGUGAAAACAAUCUUGGUUCCUAUGCUUGCCAGUGCGAAUUUGGAUAUUCUGUCAAAGAAGGUGAAGUUGGAUGUACAGAUGACAAUGAAUGUGAAAUGGGUUUAAGCGAAUGUGAUGAGCAUGCAGAAUGCAUCAAUACCUUAGGAUCUUAUGAAUGUACUUGUCUUAAUGGCUUCAGAGGAGAUGGAUUUGAAUGCAGAGAUAUAAAUGAGUGCCUUAGAGACAAUGGUGGCUGUGAUCCUGAUGCUGCAUGUGUUAAUACAAUGGGUUCUUUCCAAUGUAUCUGUGACAAUGGCUUUACUGGUGAUGGAUUUACUUGCAGAGAUGUUGACGAAUGUACUAUGAAUCCCACUUUAUGUGAAAAUGGUCAAUGUCUUAAUUAUGGAGGAAGCUAUCGAUGUGAAUGUGAUAUGGGCUUUGAACCAGAGGAAGGUGAAAAAACAUGCGUUGAUGUGGAUGAAUGUGCCCUUUUUCAAAAUAAUUGUGCUUUUGGAAGGUGUGAAAAUGUAUUUGGAAUGUUCCGAUGCAUUUGUAAUACUGGUUAUCAGUUAGAUUCAACUGGGGGAAACUGUACAGAUAUAAAUGAAUGUGAUAAUCUUCAAAUAUGUCAAUAUGGUACAUGUAUCAACACUCCUGGUUCAUAUGUAUGUGAAUGCCCUCCUAAUUAUACAUUAGCUCCAAACGGAGCUGGAUGUGUAGAUGUGAGAGAAGGGCAGUGCUUUCUUGAUGUAGUUUCAGCUCAUCGUGGCCGUGGCAUUUGUAAUACUGAGUUAGGAGAAAGGCUGACUAAAGCAACUUGUUGUUGCUCAGUUGGGAAAGGAUGGGGUCCAACAUGUGAAGUGUGUCCUGUGGAAAAUUCAACUGAUUAUCGAAAUCUUUGUCCUGGAGGAAAAGGCUUCAGACCAAAUCAAAUUACAGUUGUGUUAGAAGAUAUUGAUGAAUGCAGAGAUCUGAAUAAUGUAUGUGAUGGUGGAAGAUGUUCUAACACAUUUGGUAGUUUCAUGUGUAUCUGCCCUGAUGGUUAUACUUUAGAUUCAAGCCACAGGAAAUGUAUAGAUAUAAAUGAAUGUGCUCUGAGACCUGACAUCUGUGGUGCUGGUACAUGUAUUAAUUCUGAAGGUUCUUACACUUGUAUUUGUCCUCCUGAUUAUGUAUUAGGUCCUAGUCGUACAUGUAUUGAUAUGAGGCGUGCUAACUGCUUUAGACAAGCUUAUACAUCUGCAACUUAUCCCUUCAAACUGGUCUGUGAACAUCCCAUGAGGACUAAUGAGACAAAAGUUAUGUGCUGUUGUUCAAUUGGUCGUGCAUGGGGUGACCCCUGUGAACCAUGUCCAAUUCAAAAUUCUGAGGAGUACGAAAAAUUAUGUAGCAUGUCACCAGGCACUGUUAUUGAUCCAGUUACUGGCGAACCUAAAGAUAUGGAUGAAUGUAAAACUGGUGUCUGUGAAAAUGGAUAUUGUACUAAUACAAUAGGGAGUUUUAUAUGUGAGUGCUAUAGUGGCUAUAGGUACAACGCUCUUAUAAACAAAUGUGAAGAUAUAAAUGAAUGCAUAGAAACAUCUGGCGUUUGUGAAGGCAGUGCAACAUGUGUAAAUACCCUUGGAAGUUUUGAGUGCAGAUGCCCAGAUGGUUAUAAAUUAUCUCCCAGCAAGCGUGAUUGUCUAGAUGUUAAUGAAUGUUCUAAAACUGGUAUGUGUGAUAAUGGAGUUUGCAAAAAUUUGGAUGGAAGUUUCAGGUGCACAUGUAACAAUGGCUAUUAUUUAUCACCAGAUGCAGAGCAUUGCAUAGAUAUUGAUGAAUGUAAACGUAGUCCAGGGAUAUGUGCUGAUGGAACUUGUACAAAUACAGAAGGCUCAUAUAAAUGUCAUUGUAACCCUGGCUUCCAGUUAUCACCUAAUGGUGAUUGUUUUGAUAUUGAUGAAUGUAGAAAUCAGUAUGGAAUCUGUCAAAAUGGCCGAUGCAGAAAUACAAUAGGCAGUUACACAUGCCAGUGCCAAGUUGGAUAUGUUUUAAGUCCUGAUGGCCGUAGUUGUAUAGAUACUAAUGAAUGCUCUGAAGAUAAUAUGUGCACAAAUGGAAUUUGUCGAAAUUCUGAAGGAUCUUUUGUGUGUACUUGCAAUGAAGGCUAUCAGUUGACCCCCAACAAAAAGUACUGUGAAGAUAUUGAUGAAUGUCGAACUAUUCCUGAAAUCUGUGAUGGAGGAUUAUGCAAAAAUACUGUUGGGAGCUUCACCUGUGUAUGUGCUAAAGGAUACAGAUUAUCAUUUGAUGGGAAAACAUGUGUUGAUACUCGGCAAAACCUUUGUUUCCAAACAUAUGAUAAUGGUGCAUGUAGGAAUCCGAAGCUAUUUAACAUGACAAGGAAAGAAUGUUGUUGUAUGAAAGGGUCUGCUGCUUGGGGCUCAGAUACCUGUGAGCCAUGUCCAGAUCAAAGAGGAGAUGCUUUCAAGAAACUCUGCCCAGAUGGUCAUGGUUAUGUUAUUGUAGACGGAAUAAUGGAAGAUAUCAAUGAAUGCAUGAUGGAUUCCACACUAUGUGAAAAUGGUAUUUGUAUUAAUAUGGAUGGAAACUAUCGUUGUGAAUGCCAGGAAGGUUUUAAACUUGAUCCAUCUGGUACAAAAUGCAUUGAUGUGGAUGAAUGCAGGGAAAGAUCUUCAGUUUGUGGUAAUGGAACUUGUACAAAUGUAAUUGGAGGAUUUGAAUGUGAUUGCCGAGAUGGAUUUACAUCAGGUCCUAGAGAAACUUGUGAAGAUAUUGAUGAAUGUGACGAAAUGGCUUCCAUGUGUGCUUUCAGAUGUCAAAACCUUCCUGGUACUUUUAAAUGUACUUGUCCUUAUGGAUAUGCUCUUGCGGCUGAUGGAAGACACUGUGAAGAUCUUGAUGAAUGUCAAACACCUGCAAAUGAUUGUAGAUUUGCUUGCAAGAAUCUUGUGGGAUCUUUCAUGUGCAUCUGUCCUGAUGGCUACAGACAAGUUGGAAUGGUAGAUGAUUGCAUAGAUGUUGAUGAAUGUCGAACACUUCCUGGAGUUUGUGCAAAUGGACGUUGUAUCAACACUAGAGGAUCUUAUCGUUGUGAAUGUAUCCCAGGUUAUCAACCAUCAAGAACUGGAAAAGAAUGCAUUGAUGUCCGUUCUGGUAACUGCUACAAACUCCCAUCAUGUCCCCGAGAUUCUCAAGAUGUAACAGAAAUGACUAAAGUGGAUUGUUGUUGUGGUAUGGGAGCUGCAUGGGGACCUAGAUGUGAGAUGUGCCCUCUCAGAGGCAGUCAAGCUUAUGCUGAUCUUUGUCCUCAUGGUGAAGGGUUUGACAAAGAGGGAAGAGAUGUGGAUGAAUGUGCUUUAAUGCCUCAUCUUUGCUUUAAUGGACGAUGCAUUAAUACUAUGGGCUCAUAUCGUUGCAUUUGUAACAAAGGAUAUAAACCAGACCACUCAGGAACUACCUGUAUUGAUCUGAAUGAAUGUGAGCAUAUUCCUCCACCUUGCAAAUUUACAUGUGAAAACACAGAAGGCAGCUUUAGAUGUUCUUGCCCAGAGGGAUAUGUACUUGGAAUCGAUCGCAUUACAUGCAUAGAUGUUGAUGAAUGUAAAAUAGGACGUCACCACUGCCAGAAUCAAUGCGUAAACACUAUUGGAAGCUAUAAGUGCUCAUGUCAGAAGGGUUACUCUCCAGAUGGUGGUCGAUGCAGAGAUGUCAAUGAAUGCACAGAUGAACCCAAUUUGUGUAGUCCUGUGGGUACUUGCAUGAAUAUGCCAGGAAGUUUCAAAUGUAUCUGUCCCAGAGGAUAUAGCUUGGAUCCCUCAGGAAAAUUUUGUGUUGACACUGAUGAAUGUCUCGAUGAUUCUCGCUGCCCACAUGGUUGUGAAAAUCUGAUAGGAAGUUAUCGCUGUGGUUGUCCUGAUGGGUACCAGCAACAUUAUUAUUGGAAUCAGUGUGUAGAUGAAAAUGAAUGUGCUAGCGGUGGAACUUGUGGAUCAGCAUCUUGUGAAAAUACUAUUGGAAGUUAUUCUUGUAGCUGUCCACCAGGAUAUAUAUUUGAGCCCAAUCUCCUUGUUUGCAUAGAAACUGGAACAGGAGGCUGCCAGAACGCUCCAUGCAGUUUUGGUUGUUCACCUACAGGCCCCCUUGGUUAUUCCUGUGGCUGUCCAGAUGGAUAUCAGAGACUAGGACAAGGACACUGUCUAUCAACAAUUCCAUCAAUACCAUUUGGUCUCCCAGGACAGUACGGGGAUAAUUUGGAUAAUAAUUUAUCACUUUUGGGUAAUCUUCAUGUACCUUCUGAAGGCAGUUACAAUACUCCAGGAGAAAAAAUUAUUUCAACUGAAGGCUGUUACUCUUGUAAAUUGAACAGCAACAAUCGACAGAAGCGUGAUGUAUCUAGAACAAGAAGGCAUGAAAAUGAUAUCAAAAGGCAGCCAAGUCCAGGAAGACUUGGCCAUCAUGGUAUAAGAAGAUUGGAUAAAAAGAUUAUGAACAGAUUGCAACAUGCAUCACCCCUGAAACGUGUACAUCAUGCCACUAAGCUAUCAAACAGCACAAAGUCACAAUUAUGGAAAUCAGGCCUUCAUACAACAGUUUUUGUCCCUCUCAGUCAAUUGAACAAUGGAAUUGAUGUGUUAAAAAUACAACCAGCUUUGAAAUAUUUAAUGAACAAUGAAAAAUUUGAAAUUGUGGAUGGAAAUAAGCAGAAUUUAUUUAAAAUUUCUGCAAGGAGAGGAGUGGCUGUAUUACAUACAAGAGAAAAAAUCAAACAACCAGGACUUCACAUCCUGAAAAUCCUAGGAACUGUACAAAAUACAAGUCUCGCUACACCUGUUGAAGAACCAUUUCACUUAACAGUCCAUUUAGUAGUGAAGUGAUGACAGAUCUGUAUUUGUUUAUUAUAUGUUGCGUUUGAUAUCAAGUUAGAUAUAAAUACAUCAAAUAUGAACCUCAGUUUGAGACGGAUUUUUAUAAAGCGCCUUUAACUUAAUUUGCAACUUCAAAAAAAAAAAAAAAAUUGUCUUUCCCUAUUUAAUGAAAAUAUUUUUAUGAUAUUUUGCUAUGAACUGUCUAUAAAAGUUGUCCUUGUAUAGAUGCAAAAGAUUUAUUCCCAGCAGUGUCUUAGAAAAUUUCCAGUUGUUAACUUCUCUCAUAAUUAAUAUUAAUUCAAUUUUUAUAUUGCAUAUAAAUGUCAAGCAAUGUUAUUUAUUUGGUGGAGAUACACCUAACAUUCAAAAUGAAAUUGUUUCGGCUGAUUCUUUUACCGUAUAACCCAUUCUUGAGAUGUCACUGAAACUAUGCUGUGUGAUAAAUGGUUCAUAAAAAAUGUUUAAAAAAAUUGCUAAAUUUCUUUUUAGAUUUCAUAAAAGUAUGCACUGAAAAUCAGCUUUUCUUAUUCCUUAAAUUAAAAUUAUAAUUUAUUGAAUACUUACAUUUUAUCCAGACCCAAACAAGUAUUCCAAAUAUUCUGUGAUAUUCUGAGGUAUAAUGCAUAUGAACUGUGGUGAAAAUGUUCAUGUACAUUAAGUGAAUAUUUUAUAUCUAUUGUUGUCUAAGCGCCAAAGAAAUAUCAGUCAUGCAAAAAGUUAAUCAAUGAAAAUUUUUAACAUAUCCUGCUUGAAGAACUGAAAAGAGCUCUACAAUUCGGCAUUGCAAUUCUACAUGUAUCAUAAUUAACUCCAUAAGCAAGCUAUGCUGGCUCAGCAAUAAUUUCAUUAUAAUCAUUUCAUCAUCAUUUUUUUGUAAGCUUUUCAUGUGAAAAAGUGUACAGUUUUUUGUAAAAUGAGUAAUUUUUAAUAAAGUUAUUUAUAAUCA